AUGGAGCUGGGCCGCGAUCCCGCUUAUUAUACCGGCCCGGGAGCAUCCGGCGGAGGAUCUGGGUAUCCUGGCAGCGGUGGCUCUGCGUAUCCUGGCGGAGGUGGUGGUUCCGCGUAUCCUUCCCACGGCCUUUGGAGCGACGAGGAAGAUGAAGAAGACUACAUGGGGGAGGAAGGCGACGAAGGGGACGACCUUCCGGACUCCAAGAAACGCAAGCGCGACCGCGGAAGCAACUGGAGCCUCGCGGAAGCGCUCUGGUUCGCGGAAGGCCUCAAAUCGCACCAGCAAAUGCAGGACAGCCUUGGAGAGAACGCGCUCAAGUGGGGAAAAGUCGAGCAAGGCAAAUACCUCGUGAAAUGGAUGGCUUCGGGCCGCGCUCCCGGCGGUGCGGUGUACCAUCGUUCGGCGCAGUCCUGCAUCAGCCGCCAUUACAACACGAAACUUCUUUUCCGGAAGAUCUUUCGUUGGCAGCGGCAGGUUCAGCAGGAGCAACGCCGGAGGCUGCAGAUGGAAGGACGCGCCCCUCCUCCUGGGGAUAACUCGCUGGACGCCGCGAAUCCCGGGUACUUUUGGCGGCUGAGCGUGGAGGAGCGCGAGGCGAUUGGCAUGCCGCCGCAUUUCCCGCGAGAGUUAUUCGACCAUAUGAUGGAGUGGAUGCCGAUUGCGGCUGGAAUGUGGGAUGUCGGCACGAGCUCCGGAGGGAAUGUUGGGGCUUCUAACAUGCCCGGCGGGAUGCCCUACGUCCCUUCGACUGCGGAGGAUCCAUAUCUCGUGGCGCUGCGCGACCAGGCGAGUCUUUUGCUGGGGCCGACCGCGAGUCAAGCGGCAGGAGCUGGUGCAGGCGGGGAAGGACUGGGCGCUGGAGCGGGGGAUGAGGGGGACCCGUUGAUUUCGAGGUUGGCGGCGGCGACGGGGCCUGGCGCAAUGGGCGGCGGAAGGCACGGCAGUCAGGGAGACUUGCGCGGGGCUCCAGCGGCAGGCGGGGGGAGGAGAGGACGCGGUCGCGGAAGAGGCGGCGGAAGGGGGCGCGGUGGAGGCGCAGCGUCCGCCGGCGGAUUCGGGUUUGCGGGCGGGCAAGAAGACGACCUGAUGACGUGGCGAGUCAACGACGGCGUGCUGUCUCGGCUUCCGGGGUCGUCGCGCGAGCCGCGCUCGGGCGGAGCGCUGGGGAACGACGCAAUGGUCCGCGCGGCUCACGUGAUUGCGGGGGCGAUGGGCAGGAGCGAAGACGCGCUCGCGAAACGCCACAAGCUGGAGACGCGCGAGCGAGAAACGCAGGAAAAGGCCCGCAAGGCCGAGGCAAACCAGCUCAAAACCUACCGGAAUAGCGAUCUGGGGCUCAAAAAGGAAAAGCUGAUGCUGCUGAAGCGACAGGUGGAGGCUCAGGAGAGGCUGGUGGUCCUGGAAAAGCGGCGGGAGAAGCGGGAGAAGCAGCAGGUGGCGGCGGUUACGGGGAUGGCGCAGGCGGUUGGGGCUGCUGCUGCUGCGGUGCAUGCGGUGGUGGCGGCUUCCGGGAAGAUUCCAGGCCUGGCUGGGCUGGAUAUCGAAGAGUUGGUUAAAUCGAGCGUGGAGAAGCUUAAAGCGAGUAUGGUUGUGGAGGAAGAGGAAGAGGAGGAGGAGGUGGUUGUGGGAAUUGGUGGUGGUGGUUUUGGUGGGUUUGGUGGUGUUGGUGGUGUUGGUGCGGAGGAGCAGGAGGAUGGGGAGAAGGGAAUGGAAGGAGUGGGUGGUGUGGAAGGGGGUGAAGCGGAGAGGGAGCGCGAGGAGGAUGGGGAUGAGCGCGAAGCGGCUGCUGUGGUGGAAGCAGGGCAAGGGCAAGAGGUGACGGGCGCGGGAGGGGACGUAGAGGGAGCAGAGGGAACCGCGGGAGCAGAGGGAGGAUGGCUGGUUGGUGAAGAGGCUGAGGGGGGGAAAGUAGAGGGGGGGGAAGUAGAGGGAGGGGAGGUGGAGGGAGAAGGGGCGGGAGAGGCAGGAGCAGGUAAGAAAAGUGAAGAUGGCGUGGGGGGAGGCAGUGUUGUGAAGGAGGGCGUUGCUGUGAGUGAGGGUGAUGAUGGGAUGAACGUGGAUGGGGGAGGGGAUGCGGGUAAGGAAGGGAAGGAUGGGCCGGCAGUGGCAGGAGCGAAGGAAGAGGGCGCAGAGGGAGGAGUGGGCGGGAAGGGCGAGGAGGGAGAGGAGGGUGAGAAGGGGAAGGAGGAAGGGGUGCAAGAGAAGGGUGCAGAAGAAGGAAAGGAAGAGCAAGAGGGAAAGGCGGGCAGUGAAGGGAAGGAGGUUGUUGAUGGUAUGGAGGUAGACAGUGCGGUAACUGGUGGUACAAAUGUUGCCGCUCCUGAUGCAAAUGCUGCUGCUGCUGAUGUGGAUGUUGCGGACAAGGAUGCAGAUGCAGCAGGAGAGGGUAUUGAUACGAAGCAAGGUGGUGAGACUGAGAUUGAAAAAGAGGCUGAGAAAGAGACGGGAAACGAGACCGGGGCGGCUGAGACUGGGAUUGAGGGGGGUGUGCUUAUACUGGAGGCGGCUGAAGGGGCGUCUGCUGAAGAGAGCAAGGAGGAGCAAGGUGGAGAUGACAAGGUGAAAGAAGAUACAAAAGAGGGAGUGGCGGUGGGGGCAGAUGCAGGGAAGGAAGGUGAGGAUGGUGCGGCUGAUAAGGGUGGGGCUGGGGGUGAGGAGGGUUCGAAGGGAGGGGAUGGUGCUGCUGCAGGGGAGGCAGCUGGUGGGGAGGAGGGCGAAGGGGGAGGAGCAGAGGGUGCCAGUAAGGAAGGUGACAGUAAGGGAGGUGAGGGUGCUGCAGGGGAUGCCAUGGCAGUGGAUGGUGCAGCAGCAGGGAGUGAGGCAGCAGAAGCAAAGCCGUGA